AACGCAAGAGGUGAUAAUAAUAUUUUAUUUUAUUUUAUUAUCAAUAAAUAUACAAACAAAUAUUAUCGAGAUACCAUGAUAAUAAAAAAGUACUUCCGUUCCUAAUUUGAUUACAAAUUGGGAAUUACGAGGAAAAACUUCUCGUCUUUUGAAAUUAUUUUAUUUACCAAUUGAUACAUCAAUGAGAAAUAAAAAUUAUAUAUUAAAAAACUACGUCAAGAGUUCUACAAAACGAGAGGUAUCAAAUUGGUGCUCUCAUCUUCGUUCUCAUGGCUUCAUCCGACACGCCAACCUCUGCGUUGACGCUUGAGGACAUCAUGCACGCCAUAACUGACAUACGGAAGGACUUGCAUGCAACGAAAGCGCGGGUGACUGAGCUCGCUACGGCCAAGGUCGACGACCCCACCAGCAAUCACCGUACACCAUUCAUGGGGUGGCGUCCUCCACCUUCCCGUAUCACCUCCAGCAGCACGGAUCCCGUACCGCGCAUGCGCGUAGACACUCCCCGUUUCUCAGGCGACGAUCCUACAGGGUGGAUUUUCCGAAUACAAAAGUAUUUUGACUACUUUCUCACGCCAGAACCGGAGCGCUUGCAGUUGGUCGCCAUGUUGAUCGACCACCCCGCCUCCGAUUGGUUCCAUUACUAUCAAUCUAAUACCUACGGAGCUUCCUGGGCAGAUUUUUUGGUGGCCGUCCAACAGCGUUUUGAUCCGCAUUAUUAUGAAAACUACGUCGGCCUCUUGUCAAAAUUGACUCAAACAUCAUCCGUGUUGGACUAUCAGACGGCCUUCGAAUCCUUGCUCAAUAAAGUUUCGGGCGUUCCGGAAGAAACCUUGAUCUCUAUGUUUGUGGCCGGCUUGAAGCAACCUGUGCAACGAGAGGUAAAUCUCCGCAACCCCGCCACGUUACAAUCUGCCUUUGCUUUAGCCCGUGAAUUGGCCGCCUGUCAUCAAGAAGCCGCAGCAGCGUUUGGUUCCCCUGGCCGCAGAUCCUGGCCCAAUCGGCCUCCACCACCUACAGCAGCGGCAGGCAUCCUCCCUACUCCCACACCAGGUGUUCGGCCACCCCCUACAGAGGUCCGUCAGCCCGACCGCUCCUCAACAUCGACGUUACCAGUGGUGGUCGUUUCAGCAGCCGAGAAAGCCGAACGUAGCAAAAAAGGGCUUUGUUGGUAUUGUAAUGAAAAGUGGGACCGGUCCCAUAAUUGCCGCCGCCGGUUCUUAGCGCUCAUGGGCUCGAUGAUGACGAACUGUCCCUUGAUGCGGAGGAACCAUCCGACCCGGCAGACUUCACUCCCGUUAUCACCGGCGACAUCUCGAGCAUCCAUUCAGUCCGGCAGCCCGAGUCCGCGGUCUCUCAAAUUGGCCGGCUCCGUGCAUGGUACAGCCGUCCAGGUCCUUUUGGACAGUGGGAGCACCCACAACUUCAUCCACCCCGGGGUGGCCGAACGCCUCGCCCUGGUCCUUCAUCCUGUCACACCCUUCCGCGUCUACGUCGGUAAUGGUGACUCACUUCGUUGCUCUUACAGUUGCCCGCGGACGCCAUUAUCUCUCCAAGGCCAUCUUUUUGAAAUUGAUUUAUACAUGCUGGAAGUUCAUGGCCCCGAUAUUGUACUCGGAUUUCAGUGGUUGCAAACUUUGGGCAAGGUGGCACACGACUAUGCGAAAUUAACCAUGGAAUUCAUUUGGAAUGGCGACACCAUCACAUUACGGGGCGACUCUCCUAGCCCGCGUCCGAUAUCCUACAAUCAGUUGAGCGUCCUCCUUGCUGCACCCGAGCCAGUCGACUUAUAUGAAGUGGUGGGCACCGCUGUGGAGCCGCCGCCAGUCAUGACUGAGGACCUGUCGUUCCCUCCUAAUCUACCAGAACCCAUCCGCGACUUGCUUACUCAGCACUCACCGACGGGGGCCUCUAACCAUGCUGCCGAUGCACUGUCCCGACGAGAAGAUGAAGCAGAGGUAGCCUCUCUGCUCUUGACCUAUGCACGGCCUCAGCCCAAGCUCCUGGAUGAUGUCGCUACGGAAAACACCACGUCCCCGGAACUCCGCCAACUUCAUGAAGCUGUGGCAGCGGGAACAGCAAAACCAGGUUUCACUGUACACGCCGGUAUCCUUUACUAUAAUCACCGUCUGGUCUUGGCAUCCUCCUCACCUCUACGCCACCAUCUACUGGUCUCAAUUGAACUAGUACCAAUGUCUCAUAAUGUGAAUGUGAUACCUAAGGUGAGUGACUGAGUGUGAGAAUAUUAGUGAAGAAGGUGAAGUGCCAAAUCUUACACUAUAAUCACUCGAAGAAUGUGAUUAUCAAAUCCCCAUUAAUCAUAGGGCUGUAAUUUGGAUGGGUUUACCAAUUAAAUACUCGUAAUAUUU